GACAUCACAACUCCAUCUCACGUAAAGAGAUAAUUGCAAGUUUGCGUGGCCUCGUGACGCAGAUCUCUUGAUGCAGGCUGCGGUAAAGGGUGUGACCUCAAGCCUUCAAAUCCUUCAGUCGGAAGCGAGAGAAAGUCAGAAAGAAAACGUGCCCGAAGCACGAGGACCUGCGGGGUUGCGGAAUCAGUGCGGGAGGAUCCAUGAAGACCAUCCAGUGGCGCAAAGGAGCCUGGGAAGGCGCAAGCGGCAGCAGCGGCGCAAUGAGUCCUUCACACAGCACAAGCCUCGCACUCGCCCUUCUGCUCAUCUCAGCCUUACCGCCUUGCACAGGUGCUCCAGUGUUCCUAGAUCUAUCCACUACAGAGAAUGACAAGCUACUAAACCAGAUAGAUAACGCAUGCUCAUCCCUCCUUUCUGAAGAACGACCCCUCAGGACACUGGACACACUGUGGGAUCUGUGUGACUUGAUGCAGGGUGUGUUGCAGAAAUCUCAGGAGCUGGCAGCUCGAGAAACAACAAAAAGGUUUUUAUUUCAUUACACUAAGCCGAAUACUGGAUUGCCUGAUGAGACGUCCACUGUGUUCCACCCUCUCCUGCAGCUCAUACCGCAGCUCCACAGCAGAAGACGCAGAAGAGUAGCAUCACAUGAGACCCCACGCACGAUCCAGAGCAGAGGAUACUUCUUAUAUCGGCCACGUAAUGGGAGACGAUCUACAGAAUAUGUGUAAAGAUUAAAAAAACAUAAAAAAACAGAGAAUAAAAAAAGAAAAAGUACCCAACGCCACUUACACCCUCAUAAACAAAUUGAACAGUGGCCUCCUAGACAACUUCUCUUAACCUGUAUGUUCUGGUCUAAAACUCUCUCUGAGCUUAGCCAUUUUGUCUUUGUAUCACAACAUGGUGCUUUUCCUGUGGAGCAGCUGAUUAGCCUUGAUAGAGAACCAGAAAACCCGAGGCACCUGUCCUGCUUGUCACCCCUCCGUGGUGUAUAGUGAUAUUGAAUGUACAUAGAGAAUUCAAAUAAAAAUCUUUUUGGGUUUUUUUUUUUUUUUUU